AUGAUGAAACUGCUGGGUCUUAGGUCUUGGGACACUCCCGCCUAUGGCCUCAAGAUAAAUCUCUUUGAGAAGAACAACUCCAUGUCUUCGGUGACUACGGUGCGUCAGGAUGUGGCUAUACCUCUGUGGCAUCUUGUUCUCCUCCAGCAUCCGCGAAAGCGGAACUCUGGAUCGCCAUCUUCGCGAACGGAAUUGCCACGAACUCUGUACAAUGCCACCACAAAGACCUGUGACUUUUGGAAGUACAUACGUCAUGUAUCCGCUUGGAAUAAUGUGGCCAAGUUGAUGCUUUCGAAGGGGGCCAGCAAUAUGAGUUUGGCUUGUCCCCUGAAACAGGGCGUAUACGUGAUGAACCGGAUUCAGGUGCCACCGGAAACGGCCAUUUUGAAGUUUAUGUAUCAUCCCAAUACGGUCUAUACACUGGAAGGCACUGUAUUCGGUUUGAAUCCCAAAGAUAGAGUUACCAAGAAGGCUUUGUGCCACUAUGAAGUUAAUGCCACUAUCUUUAAGUCGUGUUAG